AUGAGCACCGCCAGGCAACUCCAGAUUCAUACGAGGUCACACCAGAACGUUCUCUUGAAAGCGAAUCGACGAACGAGACCUUUCGUCGCCGUGGUGCAAGCCAGAAGUCAUGCGCAUCCGCAGAAAGGUUCCUCUCGUGAGGAGCCAACCCGCCGUGAUGCGUUGCUCUCGCUCUUGAGCAUCCCACUGACAGCAGCGCAACUUGGAUCUGCAGUAGCUCCAGCGCUAGCGUUCACUGCACCGCCGCCCGGCUACCGAUUGCUCGUCGAUAAGCUGGAUGGAUACAGUUUCAUCUGUCCAGAGAACUGGAUUGCUGUAACAUCUUCAGGAAACGACAUCUUUCUUCGUAACCCGCGGAUCGUGGAGGAAAAUCUUUUUGUGGACAUUACGUCCCCGUCAUCCUCGCGGUUUAAGUCUGUCGGCGAUCUGGGCACACCGGACGAAGCGGCAAAGCGUCUGCUAGACCAAUAUCUCACCAAGGAGUUCAUGUCGACCCGUCUGGGCAUCUCUCGUUACGGGGAGAUUGUCUCGGCGUCCAGCCGCGUUGCAGAUGACGGUCAAACCUACUAUGAUAUCGCCAUUCGCAUGACGUCAUAUGGCAGUAGGAACGCUUACGCAGCAACGCGCGCGGAGGUUUUGCGGGAUUACUCCCUGGAGUGGGACCGCACCCUCAGCACCGUACUGGGAGUGGCAAACAACCGCCUCUACACUCUGCGCCUGCAGACAGCUUCGCCCGACUAUGACCGGAACAAGCCCACGCUAGCCGCCAUCAUGGAGUCCUUCCGCUGCCGGGAGGUCGACGUAUGA